AUGAAUCAACUGUUGAUACAAAAGAAAUUCUUCCUAUUUGUCCCCGACACAAAAUUCUUGCCAGACAAUUCGGAAGAUUUAUUUGGCCACCUAGGCGAAUCACAAAUUGCCGAUGCUUUGGCAAAACGGAUUCGUGUCGUUUGUAUGGUGCUCACUAUGCCAUCCAAUCAUAAAACCAAGGCAAAAGCCGUCAAGGACACUUGGGCUACGAGGUGCAAUGCUCACUUUUUUGUCAGUAGUGUUGAGGAUCCAUCGCUGCCUAGUAUCGCUGCAGUGAGGAAAAAGGGGGAUAGCCGGAAUGCCUUGUGGAACAAGACGAGAUUUGCAGUUCGUCAUGUUUAUGAGAAUUAUUUUGAGGAAUUCGAUUACUAUCUGAAAGCUGAUGACGACACAUUUAUCGUAGUGGAGAAUUUAAGGAAGCUUCUAUCGGAACAUAAUCCAAAUGAGCUUUUUAUAAUGGGGCGCCGAUUUCGGCCACAUGUGAAACAAGGCUACCUCUCCGGCGGCGGUGGCUACGUCUUUUCCAAGGCUGCACUGGUGAGAAUCCAUGAUGGUGUUUUAAACAGUAUACACUGUGCAGGAAGGGAUCAUGGAGAAUCUGAGGAUUUACAUAUGGGAACAUGCGCUGAAGCUGUUGGUGUCCCCGUGAUUGACAGUCUGGAUGCCUUCGGCGUUGAAAGAUUCCACCCUUUCACUCCAGCUUAUAUGAUGGACAAACAAGCACUGGAUGGAUCAUCUUGGUUUGCUAAGUACAAUUACCACAAAAUAACAACGGGCUUUGAAUGCUGCAGUGACUACGCUGUCUCCUUUCAUUAUGUUUCGCCGUCGGAUAUGUAUGUAUUCCACUAUUUUCUCUACCAUCUACAUCCGUACGGCAUUCAUCGAGACUUUAUGGACAUGGCCAAUCUAGUAUGCCGUACGAACUCAACUCUGUCGUAA